ACGCUAAAAGGAUGGCACUGGACGAACCGAAGGUGGCACCGGAAGGUGACCAGCAGCCACAGGACAGCAAUGGAACGAACGAGAAACGCGACGACGCUCCCGACUACUACAAACGACCCAAGUUCAAGCGAAACAUCAUCCCGUUCGACACCGAAGACCUGUCGGUACGAGUAAUCCGGGAACGCUUUCUCAUCCCGAACCAGGUGUCUGAGGGCAGCCCGGCCCAGAAGGCAGGCCUCACGCUGGGCGACCAGAUCCUGAAGAUCAACGGUGCUGAUGCGUCGGCGAUGCGCCUCGCCACGGCCCAAUCCGUCAUUAAACAGGCCGGCGAACAGCUGCAGAUGAUCGUAGCAAAAGACGACGAGAAAAAUCGAACAGCCGAAGAGCAAGGCCAACCGAAGGAAACACACGAGGUCAAGUUCGUAGGUAAUGAGCAGGAGCAGCAACCGGCGGCCGAUGUCACUAACAAACCCGCUCCCCAACCUAAAACCGACGAACGUGAAAAUUGGACGCAACCCCCGGAGCGCAAGGUAUGGCAUCCGAUCGUAUGGCAGCAGCCACCGCCCCCAAUUCCACCAGAUCUAUACGGAAAGGAUGCACCGCACCAGCAGCUGAUCGCUAACAUUCGCCGGUUGCUGACGGAAACGCGCGCCAAGCCGGAAGAGCGCCAGAAACACAUCGAGCGUAUGAUGCUGUCGCUUCCGACCGGUUCCCGGCGGGAGGAGGACGAGGACGAGCUGCCUCAACCACCCCCACCGAAGCCGAAGAAAAAGAAGAAGAACAAGGGCAAGGCUAAGCCGAAGGCGGCUCCACGACCACGUCUGGACAGUGAAACGUCGGAGGAUGGAGACGUGUCGGAGGCGGUUUCGGCGGUGGAGCCGGCUGAACCGAUUCCGGAAGAAGUCAGUGCCGAGGCAUAGAG